GAACCAAACAUAAUAUGUCAUUACAGCAAAGAAUAGAAGAAAAGAAGAGAGAGCUGGAACAUCUGUCACAAAUAAAAGAGCUUUCGUUGAAUCUGUGUAAUCAGCUGGAGAAUCUUGAAGCCAAACUUGAAACGCUAGCGGAUGGUUCAGAAGCUGUUGCCCUUGUCAUGUCCAAUUGGAAUCAUAUCAUAAAAUCAGUAUCUCUAGCCUCGAUGAGUUUAACGAGUUAUACGGAACAGAGCUAUGAAAACAAAGAAGAUCCUCCACUGCCCGAAACUUUAGUGAGGCUUCGCAUACAUGAUGAUGUCGAAGAGCAAUGAAUGAC